AUGAUUAAGCUUCCAAUAGUAGUGUUUCAUAGUGGACAAUGGGAUGAUACUAAUAGUUACUUGAAUUACAAGACUACAGGUGUAUUGGUUGAUGAGAUUAUGUGUUUUGAAAAUUUUGUGAGUUUGAUAUUAAGAGGAGUUCGAUUUGAUGCAUCUCCUUCUUCAAUACAACUGUCAAUCUUAUUGGAUUAUGGUAUCACUGAUAUUCAAACUGUGGUUCAAAUUCAAGAAGAUAAAAAUGUUACUUGGUUUCUAAGUUUAGUUAAAGGGCAAAUUACAAGACAUCCAUUAGUUGCCCAUGCUAUUGCUCAUGUGUCUAAUAUGGAUUUAGAAUGGUCUAGUGUUGUUGACAGUGGGAUGGAUAAUUUGUGUUCUUUGCUGCCUUCUUCUUCCAUUAAUGAUGAUUUUCAAAUUCUUACGGAUAUUCAUGUUAGUAGCUUGUCUUUUACAUUCGAUUUGAAAGAAAAGGAUAUGUUUGCUAGCAAGAAACUACUAUCAAAGUCAUUUUACUACAUUGCUAUAAAGAACAACUUUGAGUUCAAGACUGUGAAAUCAAAUUCUAAAUCUAUUGAGUUUAAGUGCUCCCAAGAUAAUUGUUCAUGGUAUGUUCGUGCAUCUCGUUACAAGGGUGGGGAAUUAUGGCGACUAAGGAAGUAUAUUGCUAAUCACAAUUGCUCCAUAAAUGUUAUUCAAACUACUCAUAAACAAGCAUUUUCAUCAUUGAUUAGUGAUUGUAUUGUAAAAGACUUUAGUUCUUUUGACCGUUCGACUCCAAAUGAUAUUAUGAUUCACAUGCGUACUAAACUUGGUGUAAAUGUUAGCUACUAUAAAGCGUUGAGGGCAAAGGAACUUGUUAUGAAUUCUUUGAAUGGUGAAGCAAAAGAAUCUUAUGCCUUGAUUCCAAAUUUUUUUAUGAAACUAAAAGAAAUUAACCCAGAGGGACAUUUUAAGUACUGUUUUAUGGCUAUUGGAGCAUGCAUUGAAGGAUGGAAAUAUUGUAGGCCCAACAUAUCAGUUGACGGUAUAUUUUUGAAAUCUAAAUAUGGUGGAACUCUUUUGACAGCCUCAACAAUUGAUGGUAGUAAUCAAAUUUUCCCAUUGGCCUUUAGUAUUGUAGAUUCUGAAAAUGAUGCAUCCUGGAGAUGGUUUUUUGAGAAUAUAAAGAAUAGUUUAGGGGAUCGGGAAGAUUUAGUUGUAAUAUCUGAUCGACAUUUAAGUAUCCCAAAAAGUGUUCAUAAUAUUUUUCCAAAUGUUGAAUAUUGCGUUUGUUUGCAACACCUUCUAAAAAGUUUGAAGUUGAUAUAUAAGGACCCUAUAAUUGAUAAGCUCUUCUUUAGAUGUGGAAAAGCAUAUACAGUUGUUGAUUUUGAGACUAAUAUGAGAUGGAUGGAGUCUAUGUAUCCUAGUACACGAGACUAUCUUAGUAAGGUUAGUUUUGAAAAGUGGGCUCGAGCAUACUGUACAAGGAAAAGAUAUCAAAUGAUGACUACAAACAUUUCAGAAAGCUUAAAUGCAGUUCUAAAAGAAUCUAGAGAUUUGCCUGUUGCAGCAUUACUCGAUUCUAUCAGACAAAUACUUCAAAAUUGGUUUUAUGAUCGAAGAAAAAUUGCAUGUUGUAUGAGAACUGUUUUAACUAGUUGGGCUGAGGGAGAAUUACGAAUUCAACAUCAAAACUCAAGAAGUUUCACAGUUAAUGCUAUUAAUGAUGUUGAAUUUCAAGUGAUUGAUGGAAGAAAACAAUUUAUUGUACGGUCAGAUUGCAAAUCAUGUACCUGUCGCGUUUGGGAUCUUGAUGAAAUUCCAUGUGCCCACGCUCUUGAUGUUCUUCGUGGGCGUAAUAUGAAUACUUACUCUUUUGUUUCCUAG